AUGGUAAUAGAUUCAACAAAAGCAACACCAGCAAAAAAUCAUGAAAGAAAAGCCAGUGGAAGAAGGAAUAAUUAUUCAGAUGAACAAGUCUUAUACAUGAACAAUGAAAGAUUUACUGUGCCAGAGAUAUUGUUUAAUCCUUCUGAUAUUGGUAUGGAUCAAGCAGGUAUACCAGAAGCAAUUGUAGCAUCAAUUAAUUCAAUUAGCCCUGAUAUUUUCCCUUUUCAGAUAAACAAUAUAGAUACACAAGGGCUAUUCUAUGAAAAUGUUUUAUUGGUUGGUGGUAAUAGUUUAUUUGCUGGAUAUAAGGAAAGAAUUCCAAUCUCAUAUGCAUGGCAUGGUGGCUCCAAAUUUGCCAAAACUAGUGAAUUUAAAGAUAUGUCAGUCACAAAAUCUGAAUAUGAUGAACAUGGAAGUAACAUUUGUUUGAAAAAAUUCGAUGGACAACGGAAAACAAAACCAGGCGAAGCUAAACCAUAUGAUACUUUAACUAAUCAAGAAGUUAAAUUAAUAUUGGAUCACAAUUUUUGCUCUCCAAAUAAUCUAACUGGACACAGAAGAUGGUUUUAUGCUAAAAAAGUAUCAGAUCAAGGUAGUAUCGAAGGAACGACAGACAUCUCGUGUUAUUUUAAAGAAUUAUUAAUUGAAGUUGAAUCGCCAAGAAUUGAUCUAAAGCAUGGAUCAAAGUAUCCAUAG